UUCCGGUGUGAUACGAUGUGCUUCGCUUCGAGCGGGAGACGCGUUGCAGCGAGAGAUUCCCGCGCAGGAGAGGAAGACUGGACAAAGCGGAAGAAGCAGAAUAAGACGAGCAAAGCAGAAGCAGAAGAGCAGAAGAGCGUAAGACCGAGAGCUGAACGAGUAGAAGCGGGGUUGCAAAGAAGAAAGUGAUUAGCGAGUUGAUCGUGCGUAUCCGAAGAUAGCGAGGAAGGAGAUAGAGGACAGAAAGAUCAGGAGAAUAGAGCUACGGAAGUACAGAGAGACAAAGAUCGGAAGAAAGAGAGAGCGACAGAGAGAGAGAGAGAGAGAAA